AUGGACACGGCAUACACCAACGAGCCCCUGGGCGCUCACACCGACAACACUUAUUUCACAGAUCCUGCAAGACUUCAGCUGUUCCAUCUUCUGUCUCACACCGACGGAUCUGGCGGAGAGAACCUUCUUGUAGAUGGAUUUGCAGCUGUCGCCCAGCUUCGUCGAGAGGAUUCUACCCAUUAUGAGGUGUUGACAAGGUACAGGCACCCAUGGCAUGCAAGUGGCAAUGAGGACGUCUGCAUCCAACCCUCGGCCCAAGCACCAGUAUUCUCGAUUCAUCCGGACAUGGGAAAGAUGUACCAGAUCCGCUGGAACAACUAUGAUCGCGCGCCUAAGAUGGACUGGUCUGUGGAUGAACAGAAUGCGUGGUACCGUGCUGCGCGCCACUACGAGAAGAUCCUGCGGUCCAAGGAAAUUUGGCAGAAGCUUGAGCCGGGAUCCGCCUUGAUCUUUGAUAACUGGAGAAUGUUGCAUGGCCGCUCCUCAUUCACCGGAAAGAGGAGGAUGUGUGGUGGCUACAGUAAGUGA